AGUCUAAGAAUUGGCAAUGAACAGUUUCCUGGUAUGACAGUAUACGAUGGUAUGACGUCGAGUGCUGGCAUACGCUAUUGAUGCUAUGCGACGCGUUGUAAUUAAGUGUUUAAAUAUAACGCGUCGCAAAAUUAUCGUUGUCUUUGAUAGUAUGAUAAGAUGAAGUUUUAUAAGGCGUACAACUUCGCUAUUAAUUGUCUCCGAGGAAAACUGGUACGAAAUGUGACAGUUCUCGAUGUGGAAAUUGAACAAACGAGCGUAUAUCGAUUCCCAUGUGUUAUCUAAAUUGCAAGUUCAUUUUGACGCAACGUCUAACAACGUACAGUUGGCAUACGCAAGUAAAAUUUGCUAUGACAACAGUACUCCAGAAACUGGACUUAAUAUAUAAAGAAGAAACAAUAAAUUACAUUUCUUUAUAUGAUACUGCAAAGCUAUUACAUUAUAAAUAGAUUUUCACAUUUUAAUGACCAACACAGUAUAGUUCAUAUAUGAGAUAUAUGUUGUAAGUUGAAGCCAACAUAUAUGUCAAUUCCAAUAAUUUAUUCAAGAGACUUCGUGUACUUUCAAUGGCAAAGUAGUGUAUACUAUUUGUAGAUAUUUGAAUACAGCCCACUAUUAAACCUUUUCUACAUUAACAUAAAGUUGAAAUACAUCAAGAUAUAAAAAUGGCUAGUGGAUGGAAAAUUUUUGGCUUGUUGAUGUACAAAAAUAUGAUAGUACGCAAAAGGCAUUGGCGUAUGAUGAUUUUCUUACAAGCUUUAGUACCUAUUGUAGUGUUUGCAUUAUUGCAAGCUGUGAGAGAUUUUAGCGUUCAACCUCCAGUUGUGGUGAACGUCAGUACACAUUAUCCUCUAUAUACACAAGAUGAGUUAAUGGAAAAAAUUGAUAAUUCUUUACAUAAAGUGUAUUAUGUACCAAAAAAUGCAUAUACAGAUAAAAUUAUGGAAUCUGUUAGAUAUUGUCUUCGUCUCCUGCCUGAAAAUAUGAAUGGUUUUGCCAAUGAAACUGAAGUAGAAAAUGUUUACACACGGUCUCAGGCACAAAAUCCAAUACUUUCUGCAGUGGCUGUUAUUUUUAAACAAUAUGAUCAACCUACCAUAAAAUAUAAACUGAGACACUCAUGGAAGAUUCCAAAUUCUUUGUACCAAAGCUUAUUAGAAGGUGAACGUAUUAGUGCAUCAACUUCGAUGUAUAUCGAUAUGAUGCCAUUUAUUCAAAUUCAAAUCUGUUUGGAUGAAGCAUUUAUAAAACAAAUAACACCACGCUCUAACAUAAAGAUGUCAAUACAAAGAAUGCCUUAUCCACCAUAUGUCAAAAUUGAUAUGGCUGAUACAGUAUUUCGUAUGGUAAUUGUUUCACUUGGAGUUAUAAUUUUUUUGAUUACACUUUGUGUGGAGACCAACUAUGCAUCAAAAGAAAAAUUUAUUGGCAUAAAUGUUUUAAUGGCAAUGAAUGGAGUCAAAUUGGUCUAUAAUUUACUUAGCUGGUUAAUUACAGGAAUAUUAAUGAGCACUAUUUAUAUAAUACCAACAAUCAUAUUAUUUAAAAAUACUUUUUCUGAUAAUGUUGAGGCCUUGUUGGAAUAUGGAAAUGCGUUUAUAUUUUGGCUCUUAUUUACUGCACACAUCGCUCAUCUUAUAACAUUUGGCAUGCAUAUUGGAGCAUAUUUCUCAAAACCACGAUUUGUGACACUUGCCUUAGCUAUCAUUUAUAUGGCAGCAAUAUCAUUUCAUCAAAAUAUGGCAAGGCAAGAAGUUUUUGGCGUUAUACCAUAUCUUGGUAUAAUAUUUCCAAAUAUUAUGCUUCAUAGACUUUUUCAAGAAUCGAAUGCUCAUGAAAGCAAAUUAAUUGGUAUUCAGUGGCAUAAUUUAUUUGUUCCUGGAGAAACAGAAUAUGGUAUCGUAGGAAGUCCAGGUUUUAUAUUUCUUUUUUCAAUUUUGGGUGCUGUGAUACAUUUUACACUUGCAGUAUAUAUAAAUGCUGUACUUCCUGGUAAAUAUGGAGUCCGAAAGGAUCCAUUAUAUUUUUUGAAGUGUAUCAAAAAGAACAAAGUAGCUCUUGAUGAUGAAGCUACUGAAUUUGAUUACGAUAAGACUAAUAAAGAUUUUGAGCCAGUAUUUGGUAAUGCACUUACACCUGGAAUACAAAUACGUAAUCUUAAAAAGUCUUAUACCACCAGCUGGUUACGAAAAUCCAAAGUCCAUGCUCUAAAAGGAGUUUCGGUAGACUUUUACAAAGGACAAAUUACUGCUUUGCUUGGACACAAUGGAGCAGGCAAAACUACACUUAUGUCUAUAUUAACAGGUGUAACCAGCGAAACAGAAGGGAAAGUCUUUAUAAAUGGCAAAAAUAUAAGAAAACACUUAAAUAAUAUUAGAAAUGAUUUAGGGCUAUGUCCUCAAGAAAAUAUGGUUUUUCCAGAUUUAAAUGUAUUUGAACAAAUAGAAUUCUUUGGCUUGUUGAAAGCUAAAAAUAAAACCAAAAACGAAAUUAAAAAGGAUGUUCUUAAUUUGCUUGCUAAGUUAAAGCUUUCCGAAAAAAAAGAUUUUCUACCUAGCAAACUUUCUGGUGGUCAACAAAGAAGAUUGUGCCUCGGAAUGGCUCUUAUUGGCGAUGCUAGUAUCAUAAUUUUGGAUGAGCCAACAUCAGGAAUGGAUCCUGAAACCAGAAGAGAUACAUGGGAUAUCAUAUUAAAACUUAGAGGAGAGAAAACAAUAUUAAUUAGUACACAUAAUAUGGAAGAGGCUGAUAUACUUGGUGACAGAAUCGCGAUAAUGCAUGCUGGUCGUCUUAGAAGUUAUGGCACUGCAAUGUUUUUGAAGAAACAGUAUGGUCAUGGACAUAUUGAAGUUACAUUGUCGACAAAGUCUUGGUGUGUUCCCGAAAAAGUCAUAAGUAAAUUUGACUCAAGAGCCCAACAGCUUAGUGUUGAUAGUGAAAAGAUCGUUUUAAAUGUUCCAUAUACUGAGUCUUUGCCACAAUCAUUGGACAAAGUAGAAAGCGAAAAGAAAAAAUUAGGCGUUACUGGAAUAAGCGUGUCACUGAUUACUUUGGAACAAGUAUUUUUAAAGAUUGUGAGAAGUGAAGAUAGUGGAAAACAUCUUAAUGAAUUAUUUACAGCACCAUUACAGAAAGUUACAGGCACUGAACUAUGCAUGCAAACAAUAUCAGCACUAUUUUGCAAGAAAUUUACAUACAUAAGAAAGAAUUUAACUGUCUUGCUGACGAUUCUAAUUCUUCCCAUUUUUUCGGUGUUUCUAAUGGCCUUGAGUUAUAGUUUACCAACCGAUUCCACGGAUAUUAUUCCAUUAAAACUUGAUAUGUACAGAUAUCCCAAAGCUUUAUAUUCAUCAAACAACGAACCAAUUGCUCAGAAAUAUAGAAAUAUCGUUCAGAAUGUGGGCGGUGAAGCAGAACGUGUAGCGUCAGAUAUAAAUGUUACAAGCGCUCUUCUGAAUUCUUCUAUGAAGAAUCUUGUGGAAUACCGAAACAAUCUUAUCGUAUCUGCUGAAUUUAAUGACACUGAAAAUAACAUAUGGGCUAACGGUUUUUAUUCCGGCAUAGCACUUCACAGCGUGCCGUUAACAGUGAAUCUUUUAAGUAAUUCGCUCAUUAAAGCUUUAGCUGGCGAUGAAUAUUCGAUUAUUGCGUCUAGACAACAAUUACCGAAUACGAUAUUUUCAUCUCAAAUACAAUUGCCCGAAGCAGACUCGAUGUCGCGUGUUUUGCUAUUCUGUAUGUUUUUCUUUCCCACUAUGUCACUUUUCGUAAUGCAUCCUUUGCAAGAAACAGCGACGAAAGUUAAGCAACUCCAGCGUAUGACCGGUGUCACUUCUCUAUCAUACUGGAGUACAAUGUUCGCUAUCGAUUUUCUGAUAUUUACAAUAGGUGUAUUGCUAAUUACUUUAGCGUUCUACAUCAUGGAUGUUAUUCUUGAUAUUCGUCUAUAUUAUAAAGUAGAGAUAUUAUACUUGAUAUUGACUCUGGAAUUAUUUGGUAUUAACAUUUUAUUUCUUGUAUAUUUAUUCAGUUUUAUGAAUAAAUCAAGAAGUACUAUAAUAACUAUUUUAGGUGUUGCACCUAUUAGCCUUGUUAUAAUACAAUAUGUUCUACAUCAAGUACUAGGCAAUUUUGAUUGGCUUAAUCCGCUACACAUUCUACAAAAGAGAAUCUUCCGUCUGAUUCCGUACGUAAGUUUGUUUCAUGGUCAACUAUCUUUUUUCAACAUAGCAGUACAGAAUGCAAGAUGUCGUCGUCUACCAAAUAUACUUCACGGUGUAGUUUGUCUUGCAAAGGAUCCUUGUUGUGGUUUGGAUUGCAAAGAUGGAGUGUGCAAAAAUCAACUAUCUUACUUCAAAAAUUUUGAAGAUGAUAUGAAUUUUGAAGAAAGUAUAGUAUAUCUAGCUAUAACACCAAUUUUGUAUUUUGCUUUAUUAAUCAUCUUGGAAGAAAAGUUGUUGUUGAAAUUACUCACAAAGAUGAUUGGUACAAAACUGAGAAAGGAGCAAAAUACAAUGGAUGAUCAAGUGAAAAAAGAGAAACUUGCUGUAGCGGUAGAAAUUAAUAAAAUCAACAACCAAAGUGUAAAUACGAAAGAAGAAUUAAAAUUAGGUGCUACAGAGACUACUAAUUUAGAAUCAUUACAAAGUCCGAUAAAUGAUGAUAAUAGUCUUUUCUUGGUGUAUGAAUUAAGUAAAUACUAUGGAAAGUUAAUGGCCGUGAAAGAAAUCAGUUUUCGAGUGAAACCACGGGAAUGUUUUGGAUUGCUCGGUGUAAAUGGCGCCGGAAAGAGUACAACUUUUAGGAUGCUAACUGGAGAAGAAAUGUCUAAUAGUGGCAUAAUGUACUUAAAACAAGCAGAAAUCCAUUCACAGAGGACAAAGUAUCUUUCUGAAAUGGGAUACUGUCCACAAACUGAUGCUUUAAUACCUUCCUUAAACGCUUUUGAUCAUUUACGAUUAUUUGCUCGUCUUCGCGGUAUACCAAAGGCCAACAUAGAGUUGGAAGUUAAUAAAUGGAUUAAUAGACUGAAUUUAACUGCUUGUAUGAAGCAGCCAAGUGGUACUUACAGCGGUGGUAAUAAGAGACGCUUAAACAUCGCGAUAGCUCUCAUUGGUAAUCCUACUCUUGUUCUUUUGGAUGAGCCCACAACUGGCGUCGAUCCUGCAGCUAGAAGAUCACUUUGGAAUACUUUACAAUCAUGUCAGGCAGCAGGACAGGCUAUUAUACUUACGUCUCACAGUAUGGAAGAGUGUGAAGCACUUUGUAAUCGACUAGUCAUUAUGGUGAAGGGUGAAUUAGUUUGCAUUGGUGCAAGUCAAGAAUUGAAGCAGCGAUUUGGAGCGGGUUACGAUAUUUAUAUACAAUUGAAUCCAAGCCGAACGGACGAAGAUGUUAAUAAUAUAAAGAAAAUUAUUGAAUCUACUUUAACAUGCGACAUUAGAGAUGAAAAUUUGGGUUUUCUUGCCUAUCAUGUAACUGAUUAUAAUACAAUGUGGGAAAAAAUGUAUGAUACAAUGAAGAAUCUAAAGCAAACAUAUAGUUGCAUCGAGGAUUACGCUGUUCUAUCUGCAACUUUAGAACAACUUUUUAUUCAGUUUGCAAGAGGAGCUGAAAUAAUUGAGUCUAAUAUAUCUCCAACUCGUGCUACUAGUCAUCCAGAAACAGUAUAAAAUGGAUAUUUUAUUAUAUCUUGCAUACGUAGAAAUAUAUUUAAGAUGUAGGUACUAACUAGACAGAAAUUGAUUUAAAAU